AUGACCAUACUUCUGACCGGUGGCAACGGACGGACGGGAUCCUCCAUCGCACGGCGUUUGCACAAUGCAAAGAUACCAUUCCUGGUGUUGUCACGCUCCGGUUCGGCUCCCACGCCAUACAAGGGUUGUCGCUUUGACUGGCAUGAUAAGGCCACUUAUGGAAUACCGUUUUCACAAAGUUCAGAUGUGAAGGCGGUAUACCUCGUGCUUGGUCUCGCGGUGACUGACCUCAACGCGCAACCCGUCCGUGAUUUUAUCGACUUCGCACGGAUGAAGGGGGUAGCCCGCUUCGUCGCACUCAGCAUGAGUAAUGCAGAACUCGGAGAGCGCGUCACUGGCGCGGUCCACCAAUAUUUGACGGAGCUUCCGGUGGAUUAUGUCGUACUGAGGCCAACUUGGUUCAUGGAGAACUUUACGCAUCCCAAGUUCUCAUCAAUCAAAAGAAUUGGUGAAAUGGCGUCAGCAACCGAAGACGGCAAGGUGUCUUGGAUAUCGACCGAUGAUGUCGGCGCUGUGGCCUUCAAGGCAUUGACGGAUGAACGUCUGAACUACAUUGACCCAAUCCUGGUCGGGCCCGAGCUCCUCAGCUAUGAUGAUGUGGCCCAAAUCAUCGGCGAUAUUACGGGAAAGACAAUCAGGCAUGUGCGCGUUGCAUUAGAUGUGUUCCGAGCUCGAAUGGAGGCGCUCGCACCUUCUAGUGUCGUCGAGGGCCUGGUGGAGAUGGAGAUCGAGUUUGCGAAUAAUCUGGAGGCACGUUCAGAUAAUGGUGAGGUCGAACGACUGAGCGGACAGAAGCCGAUACGAUUCAGGGAGUGGGCCGAGAAGAACAAGGCCUCUUGGAUAUAA